AUGGGUGAUCAAAUAACUUGUAAAUACUGGAUUGCCCAAAAAAGCUGUCCAAAAGAAGAUAAGGUCUCUCCAGAUGAUUGACGUGACACAAUUUGCCAGUCACCAGCCCCAUUGGAAGAAGCUGAAGAAGUUAUGUUCACUGCUAUAUCAACAAGCCAGACACCACCGUUAGCAUCAUCCGAAAGCGAUUCGGACACUCAGUUAGAACUCGAUUUGUCGUUGAAAAAUCGUUCGACGAUCGCUUUGACGUCGUCUGGAUACGGGUCGUCGCUAGCAUCAAGCGAAUCCGAUCCGGAGACGAUCGAACAGGUGGGUGGUACUGGACCAGAUCGUCUUCGAACAAAGAGCAUUUAG